GCAAUCUCCUUUGCAUAGUCUUCCUUUUCACAUAUACCCUGACGAGCUACCGUACAUUCACCUCUGAUAAAAAGUCAGUAUUGACAAACUUUACUGACAAGUGUUAGCUCUCUGCCAUUGUGCACGUGCAGGCUAAAUGCAGCAGCUCGCAGUCCUAGCACUGGGCUGACUUACACCCGUGAAGCAGUCCAUGCUGCUUUUCGAAGCGGUUGUUUAUUUAUAAGCAGGAAUGUUGGAGUCAGAAUGCGAGACUUCUGUCGCCUAGUGCUCUUCUGCGAUAGUGACAGUGUCAAACACAUGCGCGACACAUCAAGAAAAAAAAUCACCGUUUUAGAAUUGACUUCUUUGUUGAUUAUUGGUAUUUUUUUGCUGCGGCUCCUUUCAAAUCGCAAGCUCUGUCACAUUUCUACUGGAUCUAAAAAUAACAAACUGUGUUCGUACAUGUGCCGCUAUCCCGGCUCCGCGUUAUGCUAACUUCUGUUCUUCUGCGCUUGACGAGCGUGUGCGGCGUUAAUGUUCUCUUCCAGGUGGGCCCACGGUUGCCAAGGCAACCGAACGGGCUGCGGCCUAGCUUGGAUGGACGAAGCCUAGGGCUCUCCUGCGGUGCGGCCCUACGUUGCUUUAUUAUAUCUCCGGGCGGGGAGGGGAGGAGCUUCCGCUCCCCUCCCGGAGCGGGCUGCGGCAGGAACUUUCCUUGCAGCCCCGCAUCGAGCCCACGCUGCAGUAAGAGUCCCCUCGGAGGUUGGCCAACAGUACCGACGGGCGGCGGAGCUGCCUGGUUUUGCUUCAUUCCCUGCUGCGCCUUCUGCAGUCUUGAGUCAUCUCCGCCAAACCGCAAAGCGAAAAGAGGCAGCAGAAUGUCAACAAGCCCGAUCACCGCCAAACAGAAGAUGAAGUCGCCCUUUCGGAAGAGGGCUAGUCUGCAAAAUGCAUCCCCCUCUGAUCUGAAAAGUUCCCCAGGCCUGUACCCUUUGACAACUCAGAGAUCCUUACCUGGAACUCCUAUUUCCCUCAAGCACUUUCCAAUCGACCUGCGUACAUCAAUGGAUGGAAAAUACAAGGAGAUUGCUGAGGAGCUGUUCACGCGCUCAUUGGCAGAGAGUGAGGUGCGUAGCGCCCCCUACGAGUUUCCAGAAGCCAGUCCUAUUGAGCAGCUAGAAGAACGGCGUCAACGUUUGGAACGACAGAUCAGCCAGGAUGUCCGGUAUGAGCCCGAGAUUUUGGUCAGAGCCAAGCAGGACUUCAUGAAAAUUGACAGCGCCACUGACCUUGAGUACAUGAAAGAACAGAGUGAUGUUGCAGUGGAUCAUGCCGUUGAAAAGGAACCCAUCCUUGAGCGAGAAUUCCAGCGUGUCACCAUAUGUGGGGAAGAAAAAUGUGGGGUUCCAUUUACUGAUUUGCUAGAUGCAGCAAAAUGCAUUGUGAAAGCAUUGUUUAUCCGAGAAAAGUAUAUGGCUUUAUCUAUGCAAGGAUUUUGCAAAACCACAGCACGUUUCAUUCGGGAGCUAGGUGACAAACCACCAGAAUUGCAAGUGUAUGAUGAGAUUCCCGAGACCCCAGUGUCUGCAGAUGCUCCAGUUCACCCUCCUGUAUCAAAGACACACCCAUAUGAGAGCCUGGAUCCUAGCAGCAUGCCUCCUGAUAUGGGGUUUGGAUGCAAGAUGGUAGAUGGUGUAAUCCAUGUCUAUAAAAAAUCAAAUGAAAUGCAAAAGGGUACAGAACUGGAUUUGCCUUACACAAAUCUCCAGGAGUACAUUGCUGACAUGAAUGUCCUAAUGGCGCUGAUCAUCAAUGGACCAGUGAAGUCAUUUUGUUACCGGCGGUUACAGUACCUGAGCUCCAAGUUUCAGAUGCACAUCCUCCUAAAUGAGAUGAAAGAGCUGGCUGCGCAGAAGAAGGUGCCUCAUCGGGAUUUUUACAAUAUUCGAAAGGUGGACACGCACAUCCAUGCUUCUUCCUGCAUGAAUCAGAAGCAUUUGCUUCGUUUUAUCAAGCGUGCAAUGAAGAAGUACCCAGGUGAGAUUGUCCACAUUGAAAAUGGCAAGGGACAGACACUAAUGGAGGUGUUUGAAAGCAUGAACCUUACUGCCUUUGACCUAAGUGUGGACACCUUGGACAUGCAUGCUGACCGCAACACAUUCCAUCGAUUUGACAAGUUCAAUGCCAAGUACAACCCUAUAGGAGAAUCUAUUCUGAGAGAGAUCUUCAUUAAGACUGACAAUUAUAUUGAAGGAAAAUAUUUUGGGCAUAUCAUUAAGGAGGUGAUGGAGGAUCUAGAGGAAAGCAAAUAUCAGAAUGUGGAGCUGCGCCUGUCCAUCUAUGGUCGUUCUCGGGAUGAGUGGGACAAGCUUGCUUGCUGGGCUGUCAAACACAAGGUCUACUCUGAUAAUGUUCGCUGGCUAGUACAGAUCCCCCGGCUUUUUGAUGUGUACCAUACAAAGAGGCAGCUGAACAAUUUUCAGGAGAUGCUUGAAAAUGUCUUUUUGCCACUGUUUGAGGUUACCAUAAAUCCCCGCAGCCACCCAGAGCUGCAUCUCUUCCUUCAACACGUGGUUGGAUUUGACAGUGUGGAUGAUGAGUCUAAACCAGAGCAUCACAUUUUCAACUUAGACAGUCCUCUGCCAGCCAACUGGACUGAAGAGGACAAUCCACCAUACUCUUACUACCUGUACUACAUGUAUGCAAACAUGACAGUCUUAAAUCAUCUCCGUAGGAUGCGCUCAUUUCAUACAUUUGUUUUGCGCCCUCACUGUGGAGAGGCAGGCCCAAUACACCAUCUCAUCUCUGGGUUUAUGCUGUCUGAGAAUAUUUCUCAUGGUUUGCUUUUGCGUAAGGCACCAGUGCUACAGUACUUGUACUACUUGGCUCAGAUUGGAAUUGCCAUGUCACCACUAAGCAAUAACAGCCUCUUUCUAAGCUACCAUAGAAACCCUCUUCCUGAAUAUCUCUCUCGAGGCCUUGUAGUGUCCUUAUCAACAGACGACCCUUUACAGUUCCAUUUUACCAAGGAACCCUUAAUGGAAGAAUACAGCAUUGCUGCUCAAGUGUGGAAGCUCAGCUCCUGUGAUAUGUGUGAGCUGGCCAGGAACAGCGUACUUAUGAGUGGAUUCUCUCACAAGGUAAAGAGUUACUGGUUGGGCCCGAAUUACAACAAGCAGGGACCAGAAGGCAAUGACAUUCGGCGUACAAAUUUGCCAGAUAUCCGUGUAGCGUACCGCUACGAGACACUAUGUGAAGAGCUCCUCUUGAUUACACAGGCAGUACGAACUGAAGAACUAGAGACCAUAGAAGAAGAAGACACCCUGUCCAUGGCCCCUGUUCCAGGUUCCCGAUAAGCUUUGCAAAACCUUACAAUUGGAUUCAACUCACAAAUACAGAUAUUGUCUUCUCUUGUAUUGGGAUCCUUCUAACUUUGAUCCAUGCUGUCCUUCUAGACAAAGAAGCACACUUUGCCCUCUGAAAAGAGGGAAUUCCUUAUCUGUUUUGUAAACAUGUUAAUUAUUUAUUACUAUUAUGUCUAAACAUAUGCUAAGACAUAAUCUUAACUGGAGAAUAUGUUUACUUGUUUUUUGCUAGCGAUACAAAAAGCUGGUAGGGGUUUGUGUAGCUGACUCACCAAUGAUUUCCCCACAGACAAAUGUGGACUGGUGAGAGGCGUUUCUAAAGAGCUGUGCUUGUUUUAGCAACUGUAUCUUUGUAGUUUUUAUUUUUUGCAUUUAUGUUACAGUAAGGUAAAUUUGCAUACUGACUGCAUAAUUUUAUGGCAGACUGCAUAAAAUUCAGUUCAAAGCCUGUCACUGUUAAAUUAGAUUGGCUGCAUAUUUAAGAAAAUGGCAACACAGUUUAUUUUAAAAUUGUAUACUGUGAAAUCUAAGUGUGUUACUGUAUUGUUUUAAUCUUUCAAAGUAAAGUAUAUGGACCACCAGUGAAAUCAAUGGGAAGUGCAAAGAGCUGACUGCCAUAAGCCUAAAACUUUGUAUGUUUGAGUCUCUUUUACAUUGCAUAACACAAAUAGAAUAAAGCUCUGAAGCCUUCCAAAUUGUCAAUUUAAGAAGAAAAAAAAUCCAUAUGCUUUUAUUAAAAAGAUUACUUAUUAAUCAUAAAUACAGCUGAAAAGGGGCAUUACUGUGUAAGCAUGCAAAAGUACUAUGUAAAUAUUGGUUGAAUUUUAACAAGUUCGUUAUAGAAAGGAGAGAAAAUGUUUGCUUCAUCAGUGUGAUUAUAGCGAUAAAAGUACUGUAUCUGCCUCACUGAGCCAGGUUUGGCACAGCUGGCAGCUCCCUCAUUGCCUGCAGUAAGAAGCCAUUUGUUUCUAAUUCUUUACACUAUGUCUUUGGCCUUCCUUCUGGUAAUGCAUUGCAAAAGUGCACUUUUAUAACAUUUUAAGCCCGGCAUAUUUGCUUGUAAUUUAGACUAGGGUAUGCCGCUGUUCCACAGUAUUUUUAAUAUAUACUUGUUGAAUAAGAGAGAGAGUUGAAUUACAUAAUGAAUGAAAUUAAUUUAAAAUAACAUUUUUUUAUUAUAUGCAAACUAGACUGUGUGUUGAUUUUGCUUUCCUCUUUAUCAAACGGCACUUUGACCUUUUUUUGUUUUUCCUCAAAAUGACAAGAAUGUGUUUUGAGUCAGUGUUGGUACUACUUUUCAGAACAUGUUUGGAAAGAAUGACUUAAUUGGACCACUCCCUUUUAAAAUCUGGAAGCACAAAUGAAUUGAGGGUCAGCACUGGACACUUGUGAAACUGGUGCUGACUCUGUAACAGGAUUUGUCUGGGUUGGAUCAGUGAUAGAAGCUGACAUGAGCAGCUGCCAAGACUUGAUAUUGUUGAUGUCAUCCAGUUGGCAAAUCUGUAUGCUAGCAUACAGUAUAUCUUCAGACUAUUCUAGAUAUAUGGAAUAUAGUCUGCAAAAAUCUGGGUCAAGUAAUGUGCUUGCCAGAGCAGGUUCAUUUGAAGCUGUCACUGACUUGAGAUGUUGCAAGAUGUGUCGCAUACACGAGCAGAGUAGAACCGUUUGUAACUACAGGUUUAGGUCUAUGAUAUGCUGACGCAUGAACCCAGAACUUUCAGUAGGCCUUUGAACUACACUGUUUGAAUGGGUGAGUCUGUGCACAUAGUGUUGCCAGGAAUCACAUUUUUAUUUAUUUUGUUUUUUUAAUGUAAGCUGCAUUUCUUAAGAACCAUAUUUUUCACUAAGCAAUCUGAAUUAAAAAUGAACAAAAAAAGCUUAACAAAUAAGCCCAUUAAGUUUAAAAUCCAGACAUUUCUAAUAUGAUCUGUAGGGAAAGAAUCAGUCAAUUACACUUUAUUUUAUACAGUAUGAGUUUUAGUGAGCAUCAUUACAAGUUGCUUUAAAAUUAAAAUAAAAAACUAAUUUUAACAUCCACCUUGACAUCCCCUCACCAGAGAACUUUUGCCUUAAUACUUGCAACACUGUGCAUAGCAAAGCAGUUCUUUUUGUUUGCUGCAUGGCAAAAAAGUUAUUUGAGGUGACGCAUAUUAAUGUUGUGCAUCACCGUUUCUGGCAUGCAAGAGGUCAAGAACUGUUUCAAAUAAUCUUCAGGCCAGUACACCAAAUAGAACUUUCCCAGCCAUAAUGUGCAAUUACACGUAUGGUUAUAUUAGAAUAAUGACAAUGUAACUGCACUCUGAUUUAUGAUUAAUGAAAAAAGCUUUCAGAUGCUACCUCCAUGGAAGGUGAAAAUUUUGAUUCUCUGUUAUGUAGACUUCAUUUCUGGACCCUUGAUCCACUCAAAGACUUAAAUUUGAUGUUGAACCUAUGAAGUUCUUAGAAAUAUAAGGAAGCAUACGUUAAUGUGACCUGUUCUCCUAACCCUGCCACCAGUCUGCUUUAGACAAGCAGUAAAAUCAGUGUUAAGAUUGUUAUAAUAAUGAAUUGAUUCCAAGCCGACUAUUUGGAAUGAGUAAAUUUCUCUUUCCCACAAUGUUAAUGAAUUAAUCUUACCUCUUAAAAGCUUGACAGGACAAGAGUAAAUUGUUCUUCAGGAAACAUGAAGCUUGUUUGGUACUCCAGCGUUGCCAUGUACUCAAUGUGAAUGUAUAACUAACUGCCUUGUGCUCAUUAUUUGGAAAAGGGCACAGCAGAACGUACGUUUAUUGUGAUCACAGUUGCCGAAAUGAGGUAUUCUUUAUAAAUUAUUACUUUAUUAUUUAUAAAUAUUAUCUGUAAAAGUAUAUAUUCUUAAUAUAUCCUAUCUAAUAUUCUUACAAUAUCUUAAAAUUAUUUUUAACAUAAAACACAACUAUUAUUAAGAUGGAUAUUAAAAAUGAUGUCAGAUUAACAGUAAAUGUGUUACUGCCUGAGUCUUCUACCAAGUUGUGGACAUUGGAGAUUUAAAGUUGUUCAUUUUGUGUAAUGUAUCUGUAAUUAUUCAAUAGUGGGGUAUAAUAUUUUUUGAGUGAUUUACUACAUGUAUGCAAAAUUUUCAUUUUAUAAAAUGUUGAAGAAGGAUUUUAAUUCUACAUGAAUAUAUUUUGUGUUGAAAAUGAGUAUAUGAACACUAGUAGAGCGUGAUUAUGGAUGCUCAGAUUUCUUAGGUGGAAAACAAGCUCAUGUCUGUAAAGGUGUGUCUGUGUGUGUGUGUGUGUAUGUAUGUGUAUAUAUAUAAAGUGACCGAUGGGGGCGCUGUCAUUCUCUUGAACCCUCGGACCAGA